AAUGAACAGGAGAUUAGUUUUCAGAAAAAUAUAUAUCAUUCGUGGUUGUCAAAGGAAGAUCUCACAAUCACCAAUCUGUACAACAGUCGUUUAUUCAAUUCACAGAAAUCUUUCUUCUUUCGUUUCAUCGUCUUCAUCUGAUAUUUCAGAAGGAUUAAGGGAUAAAGUUACAACUGCAUUCCAAACAAGAUCUACAACAAAUAUGGCAAUGAACAUGGAUCAUUCAUCGAAAGAUUUGGUAAACGAAGUUGAGCAUGUUGAAAUGCUCGAUGCCUCUUUCGAUGCUUAUGGAGGAGUUAUCAUAAACAUUAAAAAUGACAUGGAUGAAAAUGUUUUUACCGCUUUACUUCAAACAUCAAUAUCCCAAUGGAAGCAGCAGGGCAAGAAAGGCGUGUGGCUUAAAUUGUCUCUAGAACUUGUAAAUCUUGUUAAACCUGCGGUAAAGGAAGGAUUUUGGUACCAUCACGCUGAACCAACAUACGUUAUGCUCGUGUAUUGGAUUCCUGAAACGAAUCAUACCCUCCCGCCAAAUGCUUCACAUCGAGUUGGUGUUGCUUCUUUUGUUUUAAACGACAAAGGGGAGAUUCUUGUGGUUCAAGAGAAAAGUGGAGUGUUUAAAGGCUCAGGCGUCUGGAAAUUACCAACCGGUACUGUCGAGGAGGGGGAAGAUAUAAGUGUAGCUGCCAUAAGGGAAGUGAAAGAAGAGGCUGGAAUCGAUACAGAAUUCGUAGAAGUUCUUGCAUUCAGGCAAAGUCACAAAUCAUUUUUUAGCAAGUCGGAUCUCAUGUUCGUGUGUAUGUUAAAACCAACGUCAUUUGACAUCGAAAAGCAAGAUUCUGAGAUUGAAGCGGCACAGUGGAUGCCGGUUGAAGAAUACGCCGAUCAACCCUUUAUAAAGGAGCACAAAUCUUUUGAUUACAUUGCUAAAAUAUGCAUAGCAAAAAAAGAUGACAAAUAUGUUGGAUUUUCUCCAUUGCUUACAACAUCUGCCACAUCAGCCAAAAAGAACUAUUUGUAUUCCAAUUAUCAACUGGAGCAGUAAUCUCUUAUCUGAUGCUUGCAUUCAACAUGACCCUAAUAAUAAUUAAUGAUAUAUAUUAGUUGCGUUUUAUCUUUUAA